AUGUACAAUAUUUUGGCCUUGUUCGUCAUUCUGUCAGGAGCGAAAGCUAUACUUCGUCCAGAAGAAGCGGCGAAACUUACCGGUGGGGCUCUUGUCGACUAUUUGAAGAAACAUCAGACACUGUUUCAAGUCGACGAAUCACAGAAGGCACGUACCUACAGUAAACUUUUGAUGUCCAAGAAAUAUCAUGAAAUAUUGGAGGAUGAAAAGCGAGUCAAGAUUCAACUAGAUGAGGAGCCGCCGGAAAGGUAUGUAGAACUGACCAUGUCUGUGCUACAUGAUCAAAAUACCAUCACUAAUUUCUUCCACCGUCCAUUGUGGAUUCCAGUUCAUUACGUAUUUUAUGAUUCGGAGAACUCGUUCCCCUUAGCAAAGACUUUAAACAGCGACAGAGUUGUACACUCAAAGCUUGACACCCACACUACCGCGAUCUGCGAUAAAAAAAGACAUAAUCAGGUAAAACUUUCUGCGAUAAAGUAA